AGAACACGGAAGUACGUCUGUUGGGGUUUGUUUCGGGUUUAUUCGAGCGUCGAACUGCUUACCAGCGGUAAAGACUGUAUGAGAAAGUACUGGAGCCACUUCAAAGUAUCGGCAUGGGUGUGUCAGAAGAAGAAGAGUCUUCUUUGCUACUGGACGAAAAGCUGAUCCGUUUCAUGGACCAGCUCGAGUCACUGGAGGAGAAACGAGCCACUCUCAACUCUCUCAUUGAGCAGGGAUGGUUUUCAAUGUCCAAAGCACGGUACUCCAUGGGAAACAAACAAGUCUCUGCACUUCAGUAUGCAAGUGAGAUUGAGCCGCUGGUCUGUGUUAAUGACAGAACGCAGGACAACGGUGAAGUCCAAUUCUGCACCGAGCGACCGACACAAAAGUCCAGUAAAGAGUCUGCAAAAGAUUUACCUAUAGAGGAUGUUGGGCCUCAAGAAGAAGGUGUUAGGAGAAGAAACAAACCAAAAAAGGAUAUCAGAGAAAAAGAGGCAAGCGAGGAUGCAAGUAGCAAGAAGGCUCCUGAAGCAAAUCCAGUCAGAAAAAGUGACCACGAUCCACAGCAAGAUCCUCUGAAAUGGUUUGGGAUUCUGGUGCCACAGUCUCUGAAACAAGCGCAGUCGUCAUUCAAGCAAGUCAUAGAACUGUCUGCUGAGAUUGCAACGCUCCAGAUUGCAGUUUUAAACACCAGACAGGAGCUGAAGGACUGCUUGAAAAACAAACACACACUCCAGAAGAAAGGCUCAGCCACAGAGAGUCGGUAGAUUAUGCUUCAGGGUCUAAUGAACUCAACACUGAUCCUCCUGGUGGAACUGGAAGUGGACAUCACAGACGUAGCGUUUCCUGUUGCCUGACUGACUGGUAUUAGAUUAUGUCUGAUCUUGUGCUGUUGUGAUUGAUAUUUGUGUCGUCUGUUUAGCUGUUAAGUAAGUACUGUAUUGAAGAUUUCUGAUGCUAAAUUAAUUGUGUGUUAGACGUUAACAGGGAAUGCUAUGAAUAGUAACAGAACUUUUUUUAAAUAAAUGGUUGGUACUACCACUCUAUAAAGCUUUUAUAAGUUGUAAUUAAUCGUUUACUGGUGCUUCAUAGAUCAGUUCUGAUCCAUUAACAAACUCAAGUUAGCACCAUGUAGAAAGCUGGUAAUCUGCUAAUACUGUAGUCAAAGUGCUGCUAAUCUGUUAAUAAAUGUUGUGAUUAAAUAGAGUUUGGUCCAGAUCCUGUGGAGCCCUUUUCAAGAUUUAUGGAACCCUAAAAUGUUAAAUGAAUAAAAAUGAUAUUCAGAAAUAGGCAUAUAAAUAUAUAUUUUUCAAUGUAAAUUAUAGAUAAAUGAACCAACCAUUUGUGAAA